AUUGCACCGACACCAUGAGUUUCUCCAGAGACUCUGGGGAGGAGGGCAAUUCGAGCUCUUGGUGGCCUCUGGCAGCCGGUGGGACCAACAAGAGCAGGGAGAGCGAAGCGCCCAGGGAAGGUGGCGGGCAGGAGGCGGAUGUGCGGAACGAGGAGCUGGCCAAGCUGGAGAUCGCCGUGCUGGCUGUGACUUUCGUGGUGGCCGUCCUGGGCAACAGCAGCGUGCUGCUGGCGCUGCACCGCACGCCGCGCAAAACGUCCCGCAUGCAUCUCUUCAUCCGCCACCUCAGCCUGGCGGAUCUGGCAGUCGCCUUCUUCCAGGUGCUGCCACAGCUGUGCUGGGACAUCACCUACCGCUUCCGCGGCCCCGACGGGCUGUGCCGCGUGGUCAAGCACCUGCAGGUGCUGGGCAUGUUCGCCUCGGCUUACAUGCUGGUGGUCAUGACCGCCGACCGCUACAUCGCCGUGUGCCACCCGCUCAAGACGCUGCAGCAGCCGGCGCGCCGCUCGCGCCUCAUGAUCGCGGCCGCCUGGGCGCUGAGCUUCGUGCUGAGCACGCCGCAGUACUUCAUCUUCUCUAUGAUCGAGGUGAACAACGUCACCAAGGCCUAUGACUGCUGGGCCACCUUCAUCCAGCCCUGGGGGCCCCGCGCCUAUGUGACCUGGAUGACAGGCGGCAUCUUUGUGGCGCCUGUGAUCAUCUUGGGGACCUGCUAUGGCUUCAUCUGCUACCACAUCUGGCGCAACGUCCGUGGGAAGACAGCGUCGCACAAAGACAAGGGCGCCGAGGUGGCCAGCAGGGCUUUCCACAAAGGGCUCCUGCUCGCUCCCUGUGUCAGCAGCGUGAAGACCAUUUCCCGAGCCAAAAUCCGCACAGUGAAGAUGACCUUCGUGAUUGUGACGGCUUACAUCGUCUGCUGGGCGCCCUUCUUCAUCAUCCAGAUGUGGUCUGUCUGGGAUGAGGAGUCCUCCUGGGUUGAUUCAGAGAACCCUGCCGUCACCAUUACGGCAUUACUGGCAUCCUUGAAUAGUUGCUGCAAUCCCUGGAUAUACAUGUUUUUCAGCGGACAUCUCCUUCAAGACUGUAUCCAAAGCUUCCCAUGCUGCCGAAACAUGAAGCAGAAAUUCAACAAAGAAGAUUCUGAUAGCAUGAGUAGGAGACAGACUUCUUACACUAACAAUCGAAGCCCAACAAACAGUAUGGGCACCUGGAGAGACUCGCCUAAAUCGUCCAAGUCCAUCAAAUUCAUUCCUGUUUCAACCUGAGCCUCUUAGUUUAUACAGACUCUUGACAGACUUUCUAGCCCA